CAAGGCCACGGAUACAACACGUUCGGCGCUCUCCGUCGUGCAUUUUGAUCCCUGCCGUCCACUGUAGGUCGCAUCACUGAUUGGCUAACUUCUGCCACAUGACCUGCCCCCAUCUGUGCCAACAUGGCGGCGCCCAGGUCUUAAUCGGGAAAAUGUGCACCAAGACCAAUUCGGUUCUCGGUUUCGCGAAAGGAGAUGUGUAGGCCACUCGGCCCAGGAACGCACCUCUCUGAUCCUCUCUGUGCCCUCCUGAUCCAGGCUUGGCGGGCAGAGGCUACUGCGGAUGUCCCAUGCGAGGAUUGCCCUGGGGCUAAAUCUGACUCUUCGCUCCGCCCGCGGUCUCUGUAGAGCUCGGUUUACGGAGGGGCAGCCCCAAGGGCCGGCUAACCCAACCUCAAUGGAGAACGGCACGAUGCGCUGCGGGGAAAAGCGUCCAGCUGCGGCCCAGGAGACGACGGUCACCGAGGGGGCCGCCAAGAUCGCCUUCCCUAGCGCCAACGAAGUCUUCUACAACCCAGUGCAGGAGUUCAACAGGGACCUGACAUGUGCUGUGAUCACUGAAUUUGCUCGCAUUCAACUUGGGGCCAAAGGAAUCCAGAUCAAGGUGCCAGGUGAAAAGGAGGUGCAAAAGGUGGUGGUGGACUUGUCAGAGGAAGAGGAGGACAAGGCUGCACUGAAAGAGGGUGCAGACCUGGCCCCGGGAAACCCACCUCGAACAGCCACUGUGGGGGAGAUCUGUGAGGAAGGCCUGCGAGUGCUGGAGGGCCUGGCAGCCUCAGGUCUUCGUUCCAUUCGCUUUGCCCUAGAGGUGCCUGGGCUCCGAUCCGUGGUUGCCAAUGAUGCCUCUGCCCGAGCUGUGGAUCUCAUACGUCAUAAUGUGCAGUUCAAUGAAGUGGCCCACCUGGUACAGCCCAGCCAGGCAGAUGCCCGGAUGCUGAUGUACCAGCACCAGCGGGUGUCGGAUCGGUUUGAAGUCAUUGACCUGGACCCCUAUGGCAGCCCUGCCCCUUUUCUGGAUGCAGCUGUGCAGGCUGUGAGUGAAGGAGGGCUGCUGUGCAUUACCUGCACGGACAUGGCAGUGCUGGCGGGGAACAGCGGGGAGACGUGCUACAGCAAGUAUGGGGCCAUGGCCCUCAAGAGCCGAGCCUGCCACGAGAUGGCCCUGAGGAUCGUCCUACACAGCCUGGACCUCCGUGCCAACUGCUACCAGCGCUUUGUGGUGCCACUGCUCAGCAUCAGCGCUGAUUUCUAUAUACGCGUUUUUGUUCGUGUCUUCACCGGCCAGGCCAAGGUCAAGGCUUCAGCCAGCAAGCAGGCGCUGGUAUUCCAGUGUGUGGGCUGUGGAACCUUCCACUUUCAGCGCCUUGGCAAAGUGUCGGGGGCCUCUGCUGGCCGGGUCAAGUACUCUGCAGCCUGCGGUCCCCCCGUCACCCCUGAGUGUGAGCACUGCGGGCAGCGGCACCAGCUCGGUGGCCCCCUGUGGAUAGAGCCAAUCCAUGACCUGGAUUUUGUGGGCCGUGUCCUAGAGGCUGUGAGCACCAACCCCAGCCGCUUCCACACUUCGGAGCGGAUCCGAGGAGUCCUGAGUGUCAUCACUGAGGAGCUGCCGGAUGUGCCUCUGUACUAUACGCUGGACCAGCUGAGCAGCACCAUCCACUGUAGCACACCCAGUCUCCUGCAGCUGCGGUCAGCCCUCCUCCAUGCUGGCUUCCGGGUCUCACUCUCCCAUGCCUGUAAGAAUGCCGUGAAGACAGAUGCCCCUGCCUCAGCCCUCUGGGACAUCAUGCGCUGCUGGGAGAAGCAGUGCCCAGUGAAACGAGAACGGCUGUCUGAGACCAGCCCGGCCUUCCGCAUUCUCAGCGUGGAGCCCAGGCUACAGGCCAACUUCACCAUCCGGGAUGAUGCCAACCCUAGCUCCCGCCAGCAAGGACUCAAGCGCUUUCAGGCCAACCCCGAGGCCAACUGGGGCCCCCGGCCCCGUGCCCGGCCAGGGGGUAAGGGAGUGGGCGAAGCUAUGGAGGACAGACGCAGGUUGCGCCAGAAUAAGCGAAAGGAACCAGCUGAGGACCUGGCCCAGCGGGCUGCCCGGCUUAAGACAUUUCCUUGCAAGAGGUUUAAGGAGGGCACUUGUCAACUGGGGGACCAGUGCUGUUACUCCCAUAGACUCUUGACACCUGAGGCUACUGCUGAAGCUGCCCCCACUGACUGUCCACAGACCCCCAACCAGAACCCUGCUGGGUCUGGGGCCACCACUGGUCCAGGUGUAGAUUGAGCCAAUAAAGAGACUUCACCUUG